AUGGCGAACGCGGGGAGAGGGAAAGGAUCUUCGGGGCGCGAGGGCGAGGGCGAGGGCGACGCGGACGAGACGACGUCGGAGAUCGACGUGCGACGAGGGGCGAGGUACGACGAGAUCACCGAUAAGUGGAUCCCCGAGAAACCUGUGUCGGCGGUGGAGGGGGCGUCUUACGGGAUCGUGGGGUUGAUCGGACUCGCCAUCGCGGCGGCGGCGGUGUGGUUCGGCGUGUCCGAGCUCUUGCUCACGCCCAAGGAACACUUGGUCAUGGACGCGGCGAUGAAUAAGCUUCGGGAGGACGUGCGGGUGAGCGUGGCGUUAGGAACACCAAUGACUUCGUACGGGAGCGAGAGUCGGAACAGAGGGGCGCGUCGGAGCGUGGCGCACAGGGUGGUGCUCGACGAGCGCGGACGCGAGCGGUUACUGGUGCAGUUCUACGCGCGCGGACCGCGAGGGAGCGCGAUCGUUCGGGCCGAAUGCGGGAUCGACGCGGCGACGGGGAAGUGGACAGACUUUACGUAUAUCGUUGCCGACGUCCAGGGAGCGAGUCAGGCGCGCAUCGAAGUUGUAUCGCCGCAGGCCGCCCCGCAGCGUCUCGUCGCUUUGUAG